CUCAGUACUCAGAGCUCUCAUCUUGCCCUCCAUGUUUUCGCGAAAUCUAGCCUACUUCUGUUCGACGGCACCGCUGCGGAAUGUAGUGCUUACUCCUCCACGCACUGGCCCCGCAUCUCUGUGGCGGCCAUAUGCCUCCAUGACCAUCUCGGACCCGCCCAGGACGCCGAAUGGGCCUUCGGUAAUAUCCGCCGCGCACCCAUGGGACCCUGAUAGCUCGAGGUCGAGUUCAAGCGCAAUCCCGGGUGCUGGGCCUAGCCAUGCGUCAGAACCAGAGCAGCCUUCCGUGCAGUCAACGCCCCCAUCAAGCUCGGAUCCAUCGCCCUCACCAUCCCCACCGAACGAGACCGACGCGAACGUGAGCGAACACGGGCUAGUCCCUGCUCCUCCUCCACCCUUUGAGCGUCCUCCAAAUUCGGACCUACCUGCACCCCGCUUUCCUAGUAAUGCCCAUACGCCGACUUCAUAUAGCAACCCGCCGUUCAAUACACAUCGGUUUGUCACGGUGCUCGAAUUGACAUUCCCUACCAGUGUUGCGCGCAAUCUUAUGCGUGCGACACGCGCAUUACUGGUCGACCGGUUAGGCCGGGUCAGGAGGGACGCGGUGACGGCGAAAGAUCUGGAGAGUCAAGCAUACCUUUUCAAAGCCGCGCUUUCAGAGCUGCGGACGGAGACCACGAUGUGGACUCGCAAUGAGACGGCCGCAAUACGUACAGCAACAGCGGCUCUGCGGAGAGAGGUAGACACAUUGGAUGUACGGAUGAAGGAAGACGUUGGGACGCUCAAACAUGAUAUUCAGCUGGAUGUGGAUACGAGGAGGAACGAGGCGAAGAAUGAUCUGAAACGAUUCGACCUUCAGAUCGAGGAGGUUCUCAAUAAGUCUCUGGUCACUCUGUACGACCUCCGCUCGGAGAUGGAGGGUGUCAGGUGGAACAAUAUGCGUAAUUCAGUCGUGGCGCUGGGCGGCUUCCUUUUGGUCAUAAUGUUGGCAAUGGAGAUCCUCGUCAUAAAGCCUGUGCCGGCCAAGAAGUCGAAGUCAGAACAACAGCCGCCCAUCGUCGAGAUCUGCCCACCCGAGGGUACAGAGAAUCAGGGCACCGUGUGGGCAUAGCCCGAGGAGGAGGAGGCCGCCCGUCGCUGGUCGGCGUGCCGGCUAGAGUCAAGCUUCAAGGCUGGCCUUUGGAGGAUAGAGCUGCCCAACUACGGGUGUGUAUUCUAUGGGACAUUGCGUGAUUUGAAU